AUGGCUGCACAAGAGUACUACAAUUCCAACUAUACGGGCGGCAACAAGCCUGAGAGUCCGUACGAGGGUGGCUACGGUGGAAACGGCGGAAACAACGGCAACCGACCAUGGAUUCCGUCUUCAUCGAAUCCCACACCUGGUCCGGAUAGGCCCUAUUCCCAACCGGGGGAUAAUAACAACUAUACCUAUGGUUCCCAGCCUCCGCAGUCAUCCAGCUACGAUCGGCCUCACUAUCCUCAGCAGUCGUGGGGCGGUAACGCACCCGGCUUCACUUCUCAGUCAAGACCACAACAAUCCAACAAUGAAUACGGCUACUCAGAGCGUCCCCCGUACAGCCAGAACCAAUAUGACUCAAACCAAUCUCAACCUCCAUAUCCCACCAAUGACACAUAUCCCCAGCAAUCACUCGGCCAGGCACCAUAUCCCCAGGGUCAACAGGACGAGCGAGGCUUGCUCGGAGCACUAGGUGGAGGCGCCGCAGGCGCCUACGCCGGCCACCAAGCAGGCCAUGGCAUCCUCGGCACAAUCGGCGGAGCGCUCAGUGGCUCUGUCGCCGAAGACGCAAUCAAGAAGCACAGGAAGGAGAAGAAAGAGAAGAAAGACAAAGAGGACAAGCACGAACACAAAUGGGGCCACCACCACCGUCCCUCGUCCUCGUCCUCGUCGAGCAGCGACGAUGACCGUGAUCAUCACAAACAACGUUACUCCGCGCAGGGCAACCUACGCGGCAACUUCUCCGCUUCCUCGAACGAGAUCAACCUCGAGCACAACUAUGAAUUGGUUGCUAAAUGUCGAGCUGUCUCAGGUCAGCACCAUCGGUCCGUUCUUCCCCUGAACUCAGUCCUGUCGAACCGGAAUGGUUCCUUUGUCUGGGCGCGCGGCGGCAAUUUCAGUGCUUCGGCCAGACAUGUUCAUCUCGCUGAUGGAGGACGGGUGCUUGAGGCAGAGCUGGCGGAUGGGCGCGGCGGAUGGAAGAGAGCCUGGGUGAGGCUGGAUGAGAGGAUCACCAACCAGAACGGACAUUUGAAGUUUUUGGAAUGA